AAGACAAUGGCCAAGUCUAUUAGUAUUGAAGAUGCCUUGAAAAAAGUAGACUUGAUUCACCUUCUUUCGAAUUUUGAAAGAGAAAAGAUUACAACAAAAGAAGUUCAGGGCCUUACUGAUCCACAACUAAGUGCCCUCGGUGUCAGCACAAUUGGUGACCGGCACCGGUUGAGAAACAGCUGCAAACAAACAGCUUGUGUGUUUCACCGGUUCAUGCCUGCAAAACAAAGUCCAUACCCCCAAAAAAAGGGAAAGUCCAAAACCCAAAGUUGGACUAGGAAAAUGGUUUGCUUAUCCAGACCUGAUGCUGAUACAACCCCUAGGUCGGAAGAAAAGCAGCUAUUAAUUGAUGUCGGGCUAGGUGAGAAAACGGUAUUUAUACCAGAUAUCAAUAUAAGUCCGGAGCAGUUCUGUCAAGUACUAUAUACCUACUUCGCUAAGCUUCAAGACGCUGGAGGUUUUGAGUUGCUAACAUGUAUUGGAAGUGAGAGGAAGUUGGUUACCAUAAGAGGGAAGUAUACUCCACAAAACAUAAAGGACAGGCUGGACCAAGGCCGUAUUUAUAUACGGCCUAUACAAAACAGCUUAAAUUUAGACCCAGUGGAUAGUGGUGUAGACGUGGACUCAGGGCUAAUGCAGAAGUGUUCAAAGUGUCAAAAAGAAUUCCCAUUCAAUAUCUUGAAGAAACACAUAGAAAGAUGUAGCAGGAUGGAACUGAUGACCUGUAUGAUCCAGACUUGACGCAUAAGCCUCGUGCACCUAAUGAUAUGCAAGACACAGGCAGAGAUACAGCAGUUUGUUGAAGGGCUUGGUGCCCUAUGGACCAUAGUUAAAGACUUCCUGGAUACUUUGAUGCCCUUACUGACUUCAGUGGGAAAGAAACCGAUGUCAAGUGAUGUUUUGAAAAGCAUCAUGAAGGUUAGGUAUUCUGAAGAAGGAUCCAAUUUGAGAUUAAUGGAGGAUGACACCAUUUUUUGCUGGGAGAUUUUUCUCAAGGACUGUGAAGAUGGCAAGACAAAAACUUCCCUUAAUGACAUCCUGGCAUUCAUCAGUGGAACUGAUGUCAUCCCACCAAUGGGAUUUGAAGACAGCAUCGAUGUCGAAUUUUUUACACCAAAUCCGGAUGCUAGAGCCUAUCCCACAGCAUCAACAUGUGCUCUAGAACUGCACAUGCCACGUGGGAUAGAGGAUCCAGUAGAUUUCAGAAAUUUGUUUGAAGAAGCCAUCCUUAAUGGCAAAGGCUUUGG